AUGUUCGGACAGGGUUAUUACCAGGGCAAUCGCGACCAGGACUCGCCGCUGCAGCGGCCGCCGGCCGCGCAGUUCAGCAGUGCAUACAUGGAGCAGCAGGGCUCACAUCAGUCACUGCAGGAGCACUUGGCGUACGAGCAGCUGCAGCUGCAGCAGCAACAGCAGCAGCAGCAGCAGCACGCUGCUGCGCCACAUGCCAACGGGGAUGGUUAUGGCGCUGGUUUUACAGAUAUCCCUACGAUGCUGGGCUCGGUAGGUGCGCCAUCUCCGGCCUUCCAGCCUCCAAUGGUUGUGGGGAUGCAGCAGCAGCCAAUUAACACGCCCCCGCCUACGGCGACCAGCAUUUACAGCCAGAACAACAACUCUUUUACGAACGUGAACGACACUACUCUUGCCCCCGGCCAUUCUUCACCAGGACACUACUCCAACAGCUCGGACUACAGUGGGCAGCAGCCUGCUUCCUCUGCGUAUAAACAGUUUGGGGGGUCGGAGUCCCCUUUACAGCCUGCAGCUCUACCUGGACUACUAGACGGAAGCCUUGGCGAUCAGACGCUAGUGGGAAACCAGAGCUCGCAGGGCGCUAUGCUAUCCCGUCAGUCCCUGCAGUGCUCUUCAGUUCCACAAUCGCCCAAUGGGGGCCAACGGCAAACCUCGGGAGUGGGGAACUAUAUGUACUUCGAGAGACGUCCAGAGCUACUGAGCAAAUCCACACAAGAAAAAGCGGCUGCAGUGAAGCUGAAAGUCGAGAAUUUCUACCAAUCAUCUGUCAAUCAUGCCAUUGAGCGCAACCAAAGACGCGUGGAACUUGAAUCCCAGCUAUUAUCUCAUGGCUGGUCUGAAGAGAGAAAGAACAGACAGCUUUCUUCACUGGGUAAAAAGGAGUCGCAGUUUCUGCGCUUGCGUAGGACACGGCUAUCCCUGGAAGAUUUCCACACUGUUAAAGUCAUAGGAAAGGGUGCAUUCGGUGAGGUCCGUCUGGUGCAGAAGAAAGAUACCGGUAAAAUAUACGCUAUGAAGACAUUGUUAAAAUCAGAAAUGUACAAGAAGGAUCAAUUAGCCCACGUCAAGGCCGAGAGGGAUGUGUUGGCCGGAAGCGACUCUCCGUGGGUCGUGUCGUUAUACUAUUCUUUCCAAGAUGCCCAGUACCUAUACUUGAUCAUGGAAUUUUUGCCCGGUGGUGACCUGAUGACCAUGUUAAUCAGGUGGCAGAUAUUCACCGAGGACGUCACCAGAUUCUACAUGGCGGAGUGUAUCCUGGCAAUUGAGGCUAUACACAAGCUGGGCUUUAUCCAUAGAGAUAUCAAGCCGGAUAACAUUCUGAUCGACAUCAGGGGUCACAUCAAACUUUCCGACUUCGGUCUGUCGACAGGGUUCCACAAAACGCAUGACUCCAACUACUACAAGAAGCUGCUUCAGGAGGACGAGCAGCAGCAGAACGGCGGGAACAUGGGCAAAUAUCCCGCAUCCGGUGGCGGCGGCAACGGCGGCGGCAACAGAAACACCAUGCUUGUCGACGCCAUCCACCUGACCAUGACAAACAGGCAGCAGAUGCAAACCUGGCGCAAGUCCCGUAGGCUCAUGGCCUACUCCACCGUCGGUACGCCAGACUACAUCGCCCCGGAGAUCUUCCUCUACCAGGGCUACGGUCAGGAGUGCGACUGGUGGUCCCUCGGCGCCAUCAUGUACGAGUGUCUGAUCGGGUGGCCGCCGUUCUGCUCGGAGACCCCCCAGGAAACCUACAGGAAGAUCAUGAACUUCGAGCAGACGCUGGUGUUCCCAGACGACAUCCACAUCUCAUACGAGGCAGAGGACCUCAUCCGCCGGCUGCUCUCGCACGCCGACGAACGGCUCGGUCGGCAUGGCGCCAACGAAAUCAAAAACCACCCCUUCUUCCGCGGCGUGGACUGGGAGACCAUCCGCCAGGUCGGCGCUCCCUACAUCCCCAAGCUGUCCAGCGUCACCGACACGCGCUUCUUCCCAACAGACGAGCUGGAGAACGUGCCAGACUCUCCCGCCAUGGCGCAAGCCGCCAAGCAGAGAGAACAAAUGCUCAAGCAGGGCGGCAGCGCCGCCAACACUGCUCAGGCAAAGGAAGACCUGCCCUUCAUCGGCUACACCUACUCCAGGUUCGACUACCUCACGCGGAAAAACGCACUGUAG